UUUUUUUUUCCUUACAUUUAAGUAGGUGUUCCUGCGAUAGGAAAUGAGUUCAUUUGAUGCAACAAGAGCGGAGCUUGCUCUGUUGGUCUUGUACCUCAACAAAGCCGAGGCUAGGGAUAAGAUUUGCAGGGCUAUUCAGUAUGGGUCAAAAUUUUUGAGCAAUGGACAGGCAGGCACUGCACAGAAUGUUGACAAAUCAACUAGCUUAGCAAGGAAAGUUUUUCGACUUUUCAAGUUUGUGAAUGAUUUGCAUGCUCUGAUAAGUCCUCCUGCUCAAGGGACCCCUCUUCCUCUCAUAUUAGUUGGAAAGUCUAAAAAUGCUCUACUAUCAACUUUCUUAUUCCUGGAUCAAAUUGUCUGGGCUGGAAGAACUGGGAUAUACAAGAACAAAGAACGCGCAGAACUGAUUGGUAGGAUAUCCCUGUUCUGCUGGAUG